AUGCGUCAAAAUGCUUCUCACAAAUACAGACCAAAUCUUGUGGUGGUCGUGUCUCUUGUGCGGACCUUGACGGAUUCUUUCGGGUCUGCGAGUGACUUGUAUCGCAAACUCAAGCGUAAAGCCGGCGCAAAGGAUAGCGACGAUGAAGACGAUAAAUUUCACAUCCAGAUCCCUUCGCGAAGGCGUCGUCGCGACUCUAUGUUUGGUUCGGGAAAAAGCAAGGGAGACUACAGUGGCAGCGAAGAAGAGCUUAUCUUUACCUCCUCUUCUCAGAUUCGAGCCGAAUACGAACGCGGAUAUCGCAAGCUAGGAGAGCCUUUCGCGCGCGGUGAUGUUACAACGCAUACCCAGCUUCAAUCUCAGAUCAUCAAGCUUCAGCAGACAGUCCUCAACAUUCAGCAAGACCUACUGCUUAGUACGUAUCUCGCACCGUCAUCGUCUCAUUCGCAUCUUGUGCGUCUGAUCCAGGCAACUCGGACGACGCGCGCGGCCUCCAUCGCCUCAUUGAACAUGCAGUACCAGCGCAUGCUGCCGCCACUUCCAUCACCACUGCCCCCUCGAGGGCCUGAUCCGCCGUUGAAGGUUCCCGGCGCAUUUCCGCAACCUGAUCACCCACGACCACCUUCAAGGCCUCCUCUCCGGCACAAGAAACGCAUGAGCAGCAGCAGCUCCAGUUCCUCCAACGAGUCAGAAGAGAAGGUAGUCAAGAUACUACCAGUCCCAGGACCCAAACCAAAGCCUAUUCCUCCCCCUCAGGCCCCACCCCCAUCUUCACGGUACAGCACCAGAUUGUUCUGCAUCUACGCAAAAGACCUCCAACUCAGCCCACGGCUGCACCUCGCCAAUGCUUACAAACCCGGCGGAAACGGUAAAUGCCCCUUUUGCCGUACACACAUCACCAUCCAACCGGGAAAAGCCUGGGAAAUUGUCGUCGAUGGCUGUAGUAGGAAAGUAGGGCAAGGUUUUGUUGAGAUCGCGUCUCGAACAUUUCGCAUCAGAAAUCGCUUCAUUGUGAAGUGUCAUCGAGAUACUGGAGGCUUUGCGUGCGUACUUUGCGCGAGAUUCAAGGAAUCGGACACAGUGUGCAGGGGAAUUGAGUCAUUGAUGGAUCAUCUCUGGAGAGAGCAUACGAGUGAAGAGUUGGAGAGGGAUGUGGAUAUAGUGGAGAUUUCUAAGGAUGCUUGUUGA